AUGUCAUAUUCGCCACCGAUCCGCCGUUUAUCGUCAGCGAGCAACAGCAGUCGCCACCAGGAAGAACUCAUUAAUGCAUACGAAGCAGAGGAAGAGAGAAUCAUUAAUUUGUUGUCGAGGAAGCUGGAACAGCUUCGUCAAGAGAAGAUCGGACUCGAGAACGCCCUGGAAGCCGAAUCUGAAUCUCAUGUGAACAGGCUUUCGCGAGAGCUCUCUGCUCUUCGUCUCGCACAACAACAAUUUCAGCAGCAGCAACAAAAUGGGAGCGCCAAUGGAACAGGUCCGAGUUCUAGCGCUCUCUCCAAUGCCGACCUCGCCAGCUCUCCUGAAACUAGAAUGGGUCUACGAACUUUCAUGAACGGAAGUCAUGUCGAUCCGAGCCCCGAGGCCGUUCUGGAGGCUUUGAGACAAGAGAACGAGCAACUCAGGAAUAAGCUCGUGGACACGGAACGAGAAUACAUCCGGAUAACCAGACUGAACGAUAUCUAUCGAGAAGAACUUAUCGACCAUCGUCGACGGCUUGGACUUCCUUUAGAUAACCUGAUAGGGCUGUCUUCUGAUCCAUUGUCCCAGCCAACGCACCGCCAGCCGACAUCCUACUCCAUAUCCAAUGGAUCCUCUCCUUCCACCUCUGUUUACUCGCGACCUUCGCACCCACAAGGCGUACCCAUACCUCGAGCCCACACAUCAUAUCGUCCACCAAACCAUAUCUCUUCAUCUGAGCUCAACACGCCGCUCUCGCACUCUCCCUCCUUCUCUGAAUCGCCGUACCCAUUGUUUUCACCAGGCACAUCGGCGGCUACCAAUGCUGCUAGCAUUAUGACUUCAAGCACUAAUAUCACUAGUCCUCCAUCAUCAGCCUCUUUAAACAACCCUCCGACGCUUUCACUGACACCAGGAAGAGGAUUGACUUAUCCUUCCGUCCCUCCACCUUCUCUAUCCUCUUCGUUUGGCUCGCCCACCGUUUCCUUCCACAUCCCCCAUCGAGACCCGUCUCUAUCGCCCAUUGAACCCCUCAGCAGACGGAACUCUAAUGCUCGAAGGGGAAGUAUAUCCCGUAGCGGGGGUCCAAGUGGAGGAGGAUCGGCUAGUCGGAGAGCGAGUCUAGACUUCGGUGCCAGGGUGGCUGAGACGGGGACUUUGGUUCCAAGACCUGCUAGAAGCAGGGCUGGGAGUCAGAGUGCGGAGCGUCAACUGGAGGCAACCUUGGAAGUCGAAGUUUUUGACAAUGACCUUGGCGUAGUGGACGAGAGCGAGGAUGUUGCCGGAGGGACGGCGGCGGAGAAGGAAUCAAAGGUUUAG